CAAGAUCUGCAAACAAGUAGUACAAACAAAUUAGCAUUAAUACCCCAAAAAGUAAAAGUCUCAGAAGACAAACGUAAACUCAAUUGGAUAUUAGUUAACAACAAAAAGAAUGAGCCAGACAUUCAAAGUGUAGUUAGUAAGAGCAAAGAAGAAUUUCACACAGAAAAGUGGUUAGUCAAUAAAGAAGAAAAAGGGCUUAGAAAGCAAAAUAGUAAUUGGGUUUUUGAUAUGACACAAAGCUCACUUAAAGGAAUUAGGAAAAAUAAUAUUGAUACAGAGAUAACUAGUAGGAGGGAAAUAGAUAAAAACUCGUAUAUUUUAGAACAUGCAAGCCUAGCAGAUAUAGUUUAUAUAGAUAAGUUGGAGAGAGACUAUAUUAAAAAACAAGGGUUUAGCGAAUAUUGUAACAGGUUAUUAUUAGAUCAAUUAGAUAGAAAUAUAGAAACAGAUCAAAAAACAUUAAUGUUCUAUAUAGAUAGCUCAUUAUUAAAAGAAACGAGAAAUGGAAGAGCAGUAUACAAACAGGGUUUAG